AUGUCAACAGAAUCAUCAAAGGAAGAACAAAGGGAUGAUGAGACAGCUUCCCAAAAUGAUCUUGAAACUCAUGAGGUGCACUCUUCAAGAAUUAAUCUCUUUAACUGCUUAUUCAUGCGCUUCGCCAAGCAGGAUGAGAUAGAUGUGGGAGAGCAGCUUCAAGAAGACGAUGAGGAGAUAAGACCACCUCAAUACAAGCAUUUAAUCGCCAUUCAUGCAGGGAAGCCGAAAGGUGAAUUAGAGAACUGGUUCAUCAUAAAUGAGAAAGGAGUAAAACGUCUGAGUUUGAGUGAGCAAGUACUUGAAAAUGCCAUAAGAAAAUGUGGAAAAUACAUCACCAGGUUCACCCAGCAUAAUUUGUUGAGGGUAUACCCCAAAGCUACACGUAUUUAUUCAUCCAAUUACGAUCCUUUUGUCGGAUGGACGCAUGGAGCUCAAAUGGUUGCAUUCAAUAUGCAGGGCUAUGGAAAGCACCUUCAGAUUAUGCAAGGAAUGUUUAGAGCUAAUGGUGGCUGUGGUUAUGUCAAAAAACCUAAAUUUUUAUUGAGCAAAGAGGGUUUUGAUCCCACAGUGCCAUUACCGGUUAAGAAAAUUUUAGUGGUGAAAAUCUACUCUGGGGAAGGGUGGCAUUUGGAUUUUCCCAACACACAUUUUGAUCCAUAUUCUCCACCUGACUUCUUCGUAAAAGUUGGAAUUGCUGGGGUCGAUGCUGAUAAAGCUAAGGGAGAAACUGAAGCAGUUGAAAACAGCUGGCUACCGGAAUGGAAUGAGGAGUUUAAGUUCGAACUGACAGUUCCUGAAUUGGCUAUCCUUAUGAUUGAAGUCCUCGAGAAAGACAAAUAUGGAAAACAUGACUUUGGAGGCCGAACAUGUUUUCCUAUAUCAGAGUUGAGAACUGGCAUUCGAGCAGUUCCAUUACAUGAUCGUAGAGGAGUCAAAUACAGGAAUUCAAGGCUUCUAAUGAAGUUAAACCUUUACCCAUCAAAGGAUGCCGUGCCUGAAGAUGUCAGGAUACUUUUCCAAGAGUACUCACAGGAUGGCAACAUGUCAAUUGAUGGUCUACAUAAGUUUCUAAACGAGUAUCAAGGAGAGAAGAACGCCACCAAAGAGAUUUCUCGGGCUAUCUUUAUUAGUCUCAAACAUUUCAACAUCUUCCGUCUGGAAGCCUUCUAUCAGUAUCUUCUUAGCGACCUUAACACUCCUCUUUCUCCAUCUUGCAACGCACGCCAUGACAUGACUGCUCCACUAGCUCAUUAUUUCCUGUACACAGGCCAUAACUGGUACUUGACUGAGAAUCAGACAAGCAGUGAGGGCAGUGUUGAAUCUAUCAAAAAGGCUUUGCAAAAAGGUGCAAGAGUAAUUGAAUUAGAUUUAUGGCCAUCCAAAAACAACAAGGUGGUGGUUUUCCAUGGAAGGACCCUGAAUGGUUCAGCGGAACUCCUCGAAUGUUUGCUUGCUAUUAAAGAAUUUGCCUUUCGGACAUCUGAAUAUCCUGUGGUGAUAACCUUUGAAGAUCACCUACCAGCUGAUCUUCAGGCUAUGGUUGGUGAGAUGGUCACUAAAACAUUUGGGGGCAUGCUGUUCCGUCCCGCAAGAGAUAUUCCAUCACCGCAAUCAUUGAAGAAAAAGGUUUUGAUUUCAACUAAACCACCAAAAGACGAUCUUGAAACUCAAAAUAGCAAAUCUCCACAGAAGUCGAAAAAAUCACCAAAGGAAGAACAAUGGGAUGAUGAGAAGACAGCUUCCAAAACUGAUCUUGAAACUUACGAUAAGGUGCACCUGGAAUAG